CCACUAUGAAGCUCCUUGGCCUCCUAGUCUUUGUGGGCUAUUGGAUGAUGGCUGUUCGCGGAGCCAGUGUGCCACCCAUAGUCGAAGUGCCUGUGGAGGUUCCCGAGGUGGUGCCUCACGAGGAGAACCAAAAAUCCAGGAAUACAAGCAGUGAAAGCAGCAGCAGCAGCUCCACCCUGAAGCUGGUACAUGUGCUCUUUCGCCAUGGUCCUCGCACACCUGUCAACACCUAUCCCAAAGAUCCCUAUAUCAACGAAACUUACGAGCCCUAUGGCUGGGGCCACUUAACCAAUCCUGCCAAGGUAGAGCUUUAUAAGAUAGGCAAGCAACUGCGAGGGCGCUAUAGAGAUUUUCUUGCUCCCUACUAUCAGCCCGAUAUGAUCCGAGCUCAAUCAUCGGCAUCCCCACGUACCAUGAUGUCCCUGCAAAUGGUGCUGGCUGGACUCUUUCCACCCGAAAACACGCCCAUGGAGUGGAAUCUGAUGCUCAACUGGCAGCCCAUACCAAUCCUUGUAGAGCCUGAGGAAACGGAUGUUUGUCUAAGGAUGAAGGUCCCGUGUCCCCGCUACGACGAGGCCGUGUUGGAGGUGAUGAAUAGCCCGGAGGUGAAAGACUUUCAUGCCCAAAACUCCCAGAUGCUGCAGGAACUGACCGGUCUGACAGGACUCAACGUUACCUAUGCCCACGAUGUUACCAAUGUGUUCAUUACGCUGCUAUGCGAGCAGACCUAUGGGCUGGAGUUGCCUGAAUGGACCAAGGAGUACUUUCCCGACAAGAUGCUGCCGCUGGCAGCCCAGUCCUACAUUUAUGACGCCUACACACCUGAGCUGCGGAAGCUGAAGGGCGGCUUCUUUCUAGAUCACAUAUUCGAGCAGAUGCAGGCGAAAAUCUCCGGAAAAUUGGAGCCCUCCGAUCGCAGAAUGUACAUCUUCUGCGGUCACGAUUGGACCAUUACAAACGUUCUAUCUGCACUGGGUGUGUGGCAGCCGCAGAUGCCACGAUUCUCUGCCCUCAUCGCCUUCGAGCUACGCCAGCGGGACGAUACGGGGGAGUAUUUCGUGGAGGUUUUCUUCCAAAACGAUCCCGACCAGGAGCCCGAGCAGCUGCAGAUUCCGGGCUGCGAUAAACAGUGUCCCAUUGAGAAGUUGCUGGAGCUCAUGGAGCCCGUUCUACCAGACGGCUCCUACGAGCAGCUGUGCCUGGCCAAAGGCUCCGGUGAUGGUGCAAAGAUCAGCUAUCACAAAUGAUUGAUAUGUUGAACGAUGAUACAAAUAUUGUGCAGUAUUAAGAUUAUAUAAAGUAUAUUUUACCUUUACAACUUUAAUU